AUGACUAGAGAAGAUCCUCCAGAUUGUGCCCCGGAGGAGCAACAGCAUCCCCUGGAUUUCCAGAGCCCCAUCCUAGAGAAGAGGAAACGACCCAUGGUUCACCAUUCUGCCCCGGCCCCUCUUCCAAAGGAUUAUGCAUUCACGUUCUUUGACCCCAAUGAUCCAGCAUGUCAGGAAAUCUUGUUUGACACUCAAACGACCGUCCCUGAACUGUUUGCCAUCAUCCGGCAAUGGGUCCCACAAGUCCAGCACAAGAUUGAUGUGAUCGGCAGUGAGAUUUUGAAGAGGGGAUGUCAUGUGAAUGACAGGGAUGGACUAACAGACAUGACACUGUUGCACUACGCAUGUAAAGCUGGAGCCCAUGGAGUGGGAGACCCAGCAGCUGCUGUUCGACUAACCAAUCAGCUUCUUCAGCUGGGGGCCGACGUAACUCUGCGCAGCCGAUGGACUAACAUGAAUGCCCUACAUUACGCUGCCUACUUCGAUGUCCCCGAACUUCUACGCAUCCUCCUAAAAGCAUCAAAACCUAAAGUGCUGAAUUCCACUUGCAGUGAUUUUAACCAUGGUACUGCUUUGCACAUCGCUGCCUCUAAUCUUUGCCUGGGAGCUGUCAAGUGUCUGCUGGAACAUGGCGCCAACCCAGCCGUCAGGAACAGCAAGGGCCAAGUUCCCGCAGAUGUGGUUCCUGACCCCAUGGAUAUGGGCCUAGACAAAGCUGAAUCUGCCAUGAUUGCCAAGGAGCUGAAGCAGUUGCUGUUGGACGCGGUGCCCUUAACUUGUAACCUUCCCAAGGUCACACUACCCAACUAUGACAACAUCCCUGGUAACCUGAUGCUGGCGUCUUUAGGACUGAAGUUGGGUGACAGAGUACUGCUGGAUGCAGAGAAGGCUGGCACAUUGCGCUUUUGUGGCACCACUGAGUUUGCCAGUGGCCAGUGGGUGGGAGUUGAGCUGGACGAACCAGAGGGAAAGAAUGAUGGCAGUGUGGGGGGCAUUCGCUAUUUUAUCUGUCCCCCAAAACAUGGACUAUUUUCUUCUGUGUCUAAGAUCAGUAAAGCCCCUGAGCAACCUCCAUCCUCUGUCACUUCCACACCAAAGACCCCUCGUAUGGACUUUUCCAGGGUCACAGGCAAGGGAAGGAAGGAGAAAAAAUCAAUGCAGAAGAAGUCUGUCAGUGUGGGCAGUCUAGACAAAGAGGGAUUGAACAUCGACUUGGGGGACCAAGUUCUUGUGGCUGGACAGAAACAGGGAGUGGUGCGCUUCUACGGAAAGACAGAUUUUGCUCCAGGAUACUGGUUUGGAGUCGAGCUGGAAAAGCCUACAGGGAAACAUGAUGGCUCAGUAUUUGGUGUUCGGUAUUUUACCUGCUCCCCAAAACAUGGAGUCUUUGCUCCACCCUCCAGAGUUCAAAGAAUCGGUGGCCCAAAAGAACCACAAGCAGACAAUAAUGGAGUGAAAAAAGUGCAUCAAGUAACUAUGUCACAGCCAAAGCGUAACUUCAACACAGUGCGGACACCGAAAGAGAUUGCAUCAGAAAACUCUAUCUCCAGGUUGCUGUUCUGCUGCUGGUUUCCCUGGCUGCUACGUGCCGAGAUGCAAUCCUAA